AUGGGGAAGAAGCAGCACAGCAAAGAUCGAAUGUUCAUAACGAAAACAGAGUGGGCAACCGAGUGGGGCGGCGCCAAAUCUAAAGAAUCCGGGACCCCAUUCCAACGUCUCCCUUUUUAUUGCUGCGCGCUAACUUUUACACCAUUCGAAGACCCUGUUUGCACUGCUGAUGGCACCGUUUUCGAUAUUCUGAAUAUAAUUCCAUACAUUAGGAAGUUUGGGAAGCAUCCAGCUACUGGGAAUCAGCUUAAGCAGGAGGACUUGAUACCGCUUACUUUUCACAAGAAUCCCGAAGGUUAUUACUUGUCCCAUUUACAAUUCAUGAAUUCUGAUCCUUCGUGUUUUUAG